UUCCUGUGCCUAGGUCCCGCCUCCCCAGGCCUCAGUUUCCUCACUUAGUCUCUAGGAAGGGAGGAGGCGGGGAGCGAUUUCGCCUUUAAAGCUUGCCCUUCCCGCUUUACACUCCCGCCCUGCCAUCACUUCUGGCAGCUGGGCGUCCUGCCGGCCCCUCUCCUCUGACCUCCCGGACCGGACUGGGAGAAGGAAGAGCUGGCCGCAAGGUCGCCGUGCGUCCCCCGGGAGCUCAGCCCCGCGCACUAAGCGGCAGCCCCGGGCCAGUUGGAGCCGCGCCUCCGGGCGCCCGCGGGGGCAGGCGGGGCCGCGGCUCCCCGUGCCGCACACGUGGGGCCGCGGUGCGCAGGCCUGGCUGGGGCGGCUCCAUGGACUGCAGGGCGCUCUGCCUGUCCCUCCUGGACUACAAGACCGAGAAGUACGUGGUGGCCAAGAACAGGAAGGUGGGCUUGCUGUACAGGCUGCUGCAGCUCGGCGUCCUGCUGUACCUGCUCAUAUGGGUGUUCCUGGUCAAGAAGGGCUACCAGGACGUGGACACUUCGCUGCAGACUGCUGUGGUCACCAAAGUCAAGGGCGUGGCCUACACCAACACCUCGGAGCUCGGGGUGCGGCUCUGGGAUGCCACUGACUACGUCAUACCGCCCCAGGGAGAAAAUGUCUUCUUCAUCAUCACCAACCUGAUUGUGACCCCCCACCAGCGGCAGGGCACCUGUGCUGAGAAUGAACAGAUUCCUGAUGGCCGGUGUUCUCAGGACAGUGACUGCCCAGUGGGCAUGCCCGUGAAAGCCGGAAAUGGAGUGAAGACUGGCCGCUGUCUGCCAGCUGGGAAUUCAACCCAGGGCACCUGUGAGAUCUUCGCCUGGUGUCCAGUGGAGACCAAGUCCAUGCCCAGGAAGCCGUUGUUGGGGGAUGCUGAAGACUUCACUGUUUAUAUUAAGAACUUCAUCCGCUUCCCCAAAUUCAACUUCUCCAAGACGAACGUGGACACGGACAAGACGCUGCUGAAAUCCUGUCACUUUGGCCCCAACAACCUCUACUGCCCCAUCUUCCAUGUGGGCUCUGUGGUCCGCUGGGCGGGGAGCACCUUCGAGGACAUAGCCCUGGAGGGCGGUGUGAUUGGCAUUCACAUUGAGUGGGACUGUGAUCUUGACCAACCAGGCUCUGAAUGCAACCCUCACUACUCUUUCAGCCGUCUGGACCACAAGUUUACAAAGUCCAUUUCCUCAGGGUACAACUUCAGGUUUGCCAAGUACUACCGAGAUGCUGCGGGGAUGGAGUUCCGCACCUUGAUUAAAGCCUAUGGCAUCCGCUUUGAUGUGCUGGUGAAUGGCAGGGCAGGGAAGUUCAACAUCAUCCCUACAGUCAUCAACCUGGCCUCUGGGGUGGCGCUCAUGGGUGCUGCAGCUUUUGUCUGUGACCUGGUGCUCAUCUACAUCAUUAAGAAGAGAGAGUUCUACCGCGAGAAGAAGUUUGAGAAAGUGAGGGGCCGAGAUGACCGAGCCUUGGAGGCUGAAGACCAGGUACAGGGGCAGGAGGAGUCGCUUGCCUCGGGGCUGAUGGAACUACCCAGGACACUGCGGAGCAGCAGCCAGGACGGCGGUUUUCAGGGGAAUGGCAGUGUGUGCCGACAGGUGCUGGAGUCUGACAGCUCUGGUUCCCUGCAGGCUGUGAAUGCUAAACUGCCACAGCCCUUGGAGGCAAAGCAGACAUAGCCAGACUGGAGACAGACUCAGUGAAGAUGGAGACUUCGGGCCC